AUGACCGCCGCUUUACCGUAUCUUCGCGCUCUGCGGAAGAGCGACCUCCUCGUUCUGGCGGAGGUGUCUGAUUUGAAAGAUUACGAUGAUUAUAAGAAGCCGGAACUCGAGGCUGCGCUUGACGAGCACUUGAGCGCCAAUGCUUCCACUCUUUCAAGCGAACAGAGGCUGAGUGACUAUUACGAGCGAUUAUCUCGACCGUCGCGUUCAUCGCCGAUCAAGAGAGAACCGAAGCCCGAACUUUUGUCUGGUAUGGAGGAUAUGAUUUCUCCCACGAAACGUGUGACGCGCUCAAAGAGAUCAACGAGGUCGAAGCAGGAGAUUGAGGCCACAGACGACUCCGACGGCGCUUCUCAGACAAGCAGAUCCCCUUCCGUGCCUGAUGUGGCUGUUCGCACACCACCGCGACCAAACCCAAGCUUUCUUUCCUCCCUGCCGCCUUCGCCCGCUGUCGUGACGGAAGCCAUCGAGGAACAGACGACCAGAGUCCGCCAAUCCGUUUCCGACGCGUGGGUCGCAUCCGGGCUCAAAGAGCGCGCAUACGCGCUGCGUUCAUGCCUCAGCAGCGUGAGCACGAUCGGUACCCUGAUCCUCGCGACAGAGCUCUACGGCCUCGGCGGCGAGAUCCUCCCUUUCCAGUACUUGGCCACCAUCCCGGCAAUGCCGAAUCUGCACAUCCCUGCCAUACCGGUCAAGAUCCCGGAUGUAUUUGCCCUCUUGACUUCUGCAUUUUGGGCGCCCUUUUCGCUAUGGCUGGCAACAAGCGUUAUCUUCCCCUCCGUACUUGCGUAUUUUUUUAAUAUUAACCUGAAAAUGACCCAGCCCAGCGUGAAGCCGCACUCGUACGGGACGCGCCGUGCAUCAGCUGCCCAGGCAGCAAGCGCGACUGCGAAAACGGAUUUUGACCCCCUGGUGUUCAACGUUGCUAAAGCGCUGGUUUCGUAUCUAGUGUAUGGCAAUAAAUUCACGUUUUGGGAUGUCUAUAAUCCCAUUUCCGUGGACAGAGUUGUCCGCUCUGUUCCGGGCGGCCUGGCUGGGCUGUUGACCGGAUCUGCGGUGUGUACAUUGGGCAGCCUGUACGAGGCUAUUCUGAGAAAAUGA